AUGUCUUUCUCGCCAAGUUAUUGCGCUGGACAACCAGAAAUAGUGUUCAAAAAUCAGUCACAAGAGAUAUCGACAAAUUAUGCAACGUUGUCUCCUGCCAAGAUCCGACCAUCCCCAAAACGGACUUUCUCGAGUGACUCGGUCAGAACAAGCAACUCGUCUAACUCGAUCUCACAUCACUCGGCAUCCACUUUCACCGACUUCGCUGCUACACCAAUUCCAGCGAAUCCCGAGUACUUCAAUGUGCCGAAGUGUUCUGAAAACCAGAAAGACAAGACACCACCACCGGAGUUACCAGUUGACUAUGAGGGAAGUGAAAAGGAGAAUGCGGCUCCAGCACUAGCUGCUAAUACAAAACAACAACUCCACGACCUCCGACGACUCCAACGAGACGAGGCACGGCAGAAGCAAAAACUUCAGUCCGAAGGUAUCAAGCUGGUCGACGAACAUGCCAGAAAAUUUACAUUGGAGCAAACCAUCUUGAUACAAACCUCCGAACUCGAAUUGGACGCAAUGGAACGACGACAACGCAAGGAGAUUGAAAUCACUUGA